AUGCCGACGGGCGUGGACGUGGUCGUGGUCGGGGGCGGUCACGCCGGGUGCGAGGCGGCGUCGGCCUCGGCGCGGGCCGGCGCCAGGACGGUCCUUGUGACCCAGAAGAAAGAGACCAUCGGUGAACUGUCUUGCAACCCUUCUAUCGGGGGCAUCGGCAAGGGGCACAUCGUCCGGGAGGUCGACGCCCUGGACGGCGUUAUGGGGAGGGUAAUCGACCGCGCGGGAAUCCACUUCCGGAUGCUCAACAGACGGAAGGGGCCCGCCGUGCGGGGUCCGCGGGCGCAGGCAGAUCGCGACCUAUACCGGACAGCCAUGCAGGAGGAGAUGCACGGAACUCCCAACCUGUCUGUGUUCGAGGGAUCGGUGGAGGACGUCUUGCUUGAAGGCGAGGCGAUCAAGGGCAUCGUAACGGCCGACGGCACCGAGAUCGCGUGCAAGGGGGUAGUCAUCACUACGGGGACGUUCCUCAGGGGCAAGUGCUACAUCGGACAGGAGUGGUACUGGGCGGGAAGGCACCUGCGAGACAGCGCGCACGUGGAGCCCCCCUCGGUAGGCCUCGCCGAAACCCUCGAGCGAUUCAAGUUCCCGCUCGGGCGCCUCAAAACCGGCACGCCUCCCCGGCUGGACGGGAACACCAUCAACUGGGGCAUUCUCGAGGCCCAGCCGAGCGAAGUGCCGCCUCUCCCGUUCUCGUACAUGAACGCCCUCACGGGGGUUUCAAUGGCGGACAAGCUCAUCUCCUGCGCGAAGACAUACACAAACGAGGAGACUCACCGGAUCGUGAUUGCCAACGGGCACAAGCUGCCGGAACCUUCCGUUGACGGAGUGGGCCCUCGCUACUGCCCGUCCAUCUUCAAGAAGGUGGAGCGUUUCCCCGACCGACUGCAACACCUCUCCUUCCUUGAGCCUGAGGGGCUCAACACGAACGUCGUGUACCCGAACGGCAUGUCCGGCCCUUUCCCCGCGGACAUACAGCUCCAGGUGAUGAGGAGCAUGAAGGGGCUCGAGGAGGUGGAGAUCAUCCGGCCUGGGUACGACGUGGAGUACGACUACGUAGACCCCCGCAGCUGCAGGCACACCCUCGAGACCAAGAAGAUCAAGGGGCUCUACCUCGCCGGACAGAUCUGCGGCACCACCGGUUACGAGGAAGCCGCUGCACAGGGCAUCGUCGCGGGAGCCAGGAGGGGCGCCUGCUGUGGUGUCGAAAACCAGGUGGGUGCAACGAGCUACUCCCGUCGCGCUGAACGCCGGUCUAGCUAUGGGAAAACGUUCACUUGCCAUCCUCCCCGAUCUUACUUCACACUGUCGACUAUUUUUCAUUCGCAAUUUCUGGUUGAUUCACUCUCAAUACUGCCUGUCGCGGAUGCCCCACGCCUAACAGGAGCUAACGCCGGUCUGAAGGCUGUCGGAAGGCCCGAGUUCACCGUGGGUCGGGACGAGGGGUACAUCGGGGUCCUAGUAGAUGACCUCGUCACCAAGGGAGCCGACGAGCCAUAUCGAAUGUUCACUUCCAGGGCUGAGUACCGUCUCUAUAUGCGGGCGGACAAUGCCGAUUUGCGCCUCACGGCCAAGGGAUACGAGGCGGGGAUCGUCGGUGAAGAGCGGAUGGAGUUCAUGAUGGCCCGGGAGGCGGCGGUGUCGGAGAGCUUGUACGAGCUGAAGCGGUUCUCCUUGACGGUGGGUGGGUGGCAGGGGUACGGCCUGGACCUGCAGUUCGGCAACAAGGGGGCCGAUGGACGAAGAAAAAACGCCGCUGAGAUGGUGCAACUCCCGGACGUCCCGCUGGAGAUGGUCGAGGCCGCCAUGCGCGACACGCACGCGCAGGACCGUGUGGACGAGCUGAGGAGCCGAGAGAAGGCGCUCGACGCUGCCGUGAAGGCGAUGGGGGUCGAGGCGACGCUCAAGGACAUCGGGUGGGACCAGGUUGCCGAGGGACGAGAUCCCCUUGAGGUGUUGGAGGACGUGCGAGAGGCCAGCGCUAGAGAGCUGUCCAAGGUGUCCACCUUCGAGAGAACGCCAGACUUCGCCAGGGAGACCGUGGAAGCCUCGUGCAAGUACAUGAACUACAUGGACAGACAGGUCAAGGAGAUGGAGAGCUGGAGAAGAAAUCAAGAGUUCAGAAUUCCCGCAGAUAUACAAUACACGCACGACCUGCUGCCGUCGAUGUCCGCCGAGGAGCUGGAGAAGCUCAACACCGUCAGGCCGGAGACUUUCGCAGCGGCCUCUCAGAUGCAGGGCAUCACGCCGCACUCGCUGGUGUACCUUUACAACCAUGUGACUAGGAAGAGCAAGGACCAAGAUGCGGAGCGCGCGAAAGAGAUGGUGGCCCAUCACUUCAUGGAGGCGGAUGAAAUCAGGGAGGCGUCGUCUGAAUCUCCGGCUUCGACCCCCGCCACCGCCGCCGCAUCUUCUUCGACGGCAUGA